AUGGGCACCCUCACUGUCGGUCAACCUCGGUUGCCCAACUACUGUGAGCACAAGCUGCCCACUUCCUGCCGUUUAUCAUCAAUUGGAGAAUGCUGCGCGUGUUACGACAACCGAGCCCAUGCAGCAUCUUACUCUACCUACGUCGAUGGCGUCGGAUUUGUGCCACGAGGAACGCGGUGGCAGAGAUAUUGCUGGUUUUGCAAGGAGUUUUGGGAAAAUAGAGUCGAGGCGUCCGGAUUGAGGCCUGCUCAAACGCGUAUUCCUGAGGUUCCGGAUCAGGGCGGGUUUCUGGAGCGCUGGUACGAGUUUCAUCAAGGCUAUCGGAUUGUCCAACGAGAGGAUGGAAGUGAAGAGAGGGUCGCGGUGCUUGGUGAGGAUCUGAGGGAUGUCGCCCCUGGAUGCUUGCCGAGGACCUUGGACGAGCUACGUGCUGGAAGAGAGCGAAGUGAGAUCGAGGAGCGCGAGCGGCAGCAGCGGCUGCAAGCACAAAGUGUGCAGGAACCCGAGGCAGACUCUGGACCAACUCUCGAAGACGCAUUGGACAGCAUGCUUCAAGCGGCAGCUGAUGAGGAGACCGUACCUUCGACAAACAGACCCCCGCCACCUGCCCAAGUCGCGCAAAACAUUCACGCCCAAGCUAUGGUACCCGCAAUUUCGCGCAAUCGCGAGUACCAAGCACGCCGAAUCGCAGCUCUGCGGCGUGAGCUUCACCGUAUGAGGAACGGCAUCGAGCGUGUCAUCUCAGGCCUCCGUGAUCUUGGCGAGAAUGUACCAGACCACACUGAAGCAUCGAAUCGCCUCUCUGAGCUCGGAAGUACUCUUGACACCAUUGCUGGUGUUCCAUCAUCUGAAGAUGCUCAGCGUGCGAUUAACAGUGUCAAUGAGUUGACGAACAACGUGGCCACGACUCAAAGCGAUCGCACACUCGCAAGCAUUCAAACCAGAGUAGACAACGCGAGGCAGCACGUCAAUGAAGCGCGGCGGAAUCGCGAUCAGGCAGCCACAGAGCUGGACGUCGCCGAGCAAGACCUUCGCAACUCACAAUCUCGUCUUCGUCAACUGCAAAACGAACAACGCACGACAGAGAACUACAUGCGUCUGUUCGGGAGUAGAGAAGAGAUGGCCGCUCAAGGUGAAAGUUACGAGAGUCCUAUUGGAGGGAUGUUCACUCGAGCUAUGGAGCGAUUUCGUGCCGCCGAAGAGACCCGUAGAGAGGAGCAAAUUUUGCGACAGGUUCUCGCACAUGAAGAGAGAGCUGAGAACGGAAGUGAUGCCGCUGUUCGCCUUGCAGAGCUCAAUACACAGGAUCGAGACGUGUGGGGAGUCCCACGCCCACGGCCGAAUGCAGAUCUCCAGCAGACCGACAUCACCAGCUACAUGGCUCCCCUCCAACACGACCCACUUCAGCCUACAUCAACUGCGUCGAGCGAAGGCAACCAAGCGUCGCGAAACUUUCCGCAAAGCAUGCUCAACAGGUUCCGUCCCAGUCUGCAUCUUUACGAGCCUAGGCACCCACUUGCAGGGUUGACUGCGGGUUCAACGGCAGAAGGAGAUACAGCAAGAAUGCCAGAGGAUUCAGCAACGCCAUAUGUUGCAGGACCGCCUGGACGGCAGCUGGACGAGGAUCCCACUUCAAACAACGACCGCGGGCUGGAUGCGAUGUUCGUCCUCACAGCACUGGCCGAGAACAGCACCUUACUUCGUACCGUGCCAAAUGGACCUGAUGAGACGACCGUACGUCGAAUUCUACACGAUGCCGCUGAGAACAACCUAAGUCAGGCGGAUUGCGACAUCAUAGAAACGCUGACCAGUGACGAGAACGUCAUUUGGGAGAGUGGACUACCGGCCGAGCGAAAUACCCGCCGACGCCAACGUGGAGAGCAGGUGACGUUCACACCAGACGCUCUGGAUAUGGCAACUUCUGGACAAGUGAUCGUGCACGAUGUCGAGAUGAUGGCGGAGAGCUUUCAAAUGAGCGCCCUCGUCCGGAGAUCAUCAGGUCUCACAGGCCCAGAGCAACUCGCUGUGCUCUUCAGGCUACAACGAGGCCGGCGCAAUAGCGAUGACCGCGCCGUCUUAUCCCGCAUGCUCCAACAUGACUCCGUCCUCGCUCGUGCCCGCGAAAUCGUCGAACAGCACCAAAAUGAACCAUCUUCCGCAACAACCACUCGCCGCGCCGCGCUCGAAGACUCCCGCCGUUCAGCAGCCCGGCAAGGCGACCACUCCCGCGCCGAACUCGACGCCCAACGACGAGCCACCCACCAAGCCGCCCUCGCCGCCGGCCGCGCCGCAAUGCUCACAGGCCCCGCGGCUCUCCUCGAACGCCUCGCGAACCGCGACGAAGAAACCCGCGCCGCUUACGAACGCCUGCAAGAAAACGGCUUCACACCACCCCAAGAACCCACAGCAUCAACAACAGCCGAAACAAUGACAACCCGCCACCUCCGCUCCGGCCCCUUCUACCGCCCACUCAGUCUCGACGAUUUCACCGCCUCCCCCUCCGCCAGCGACUCUGAGGACUCGGAGCACGAAGGCCGCGGCCUGGACGCCAAAGACUCCGGCCGCCCCGAAGAGCCCAUGAGCGAAGAGGACAUGACGGUCCUGCUAGACUGUAGGAUCUGCUAUUCCCAAAAGGCGGAGAUCUGUACGUUACCCUGCGGACAUCUGACCAUGUGUCGGUGGUGCAGCGAUCAGCAUUCGCCGACGCUGGCGCACGAUCGUACGUGGCCGCGGCGCGCGGCGAAUUGUCCGGUUUGUCGGAAGGGGAUCAGGCAGAAGGUUAGGGUUAUUAGAGCAUAG